AUGGCGACCGAUGACUAUAUCAACAAGAUUAGACAGCUGAUGAAGACUGAGGCUGACAAAGACCAGUUGUUAGCAUCCGGCCUCCCGAGUUCUCCACCAGAUGAUCUGAUAAUAUUGAUAGAUACUCUCCCCGAGCUUGAUUCCCCUGUGAUCAUGGUACCUGAUAUACUGGCUGCUGGCCCAACAGUAUACAACAAUUUGGGCACAUAUUGCCUGAAUAAUGAACAUUUGGCAGUCGAAACGGUCAAGUUUCUUCAAACGGUGUUCAACACAGCUUGUGAGAGAUCACCACUAUUGGACAUCAGAGUCCUGUGGAAGCGGAAGCAGCCGUUGGAUGCAUCUUAUAGCCUCGAGCCGAAGUCGUUAGUUGACGAGAUUCUAGUCAACGAGAUCGAUGAUGACCUCCUGAGGGCUCGAAAGUGCAUGUAG